GAAAACAAAAGCCCUAAACAAUGUUUGAGGGAAGGACACUGUAGGAGUUUGCAAAUGACAUUUUUUGCAUGCAAAAGAUCAAUGUUGGAUACCAGAGCAAGAUUCAGAGGAAGGAAGGGAUAUUGAAGUCCUCGUGAAGAGACCCAGCCACAGGAAAUCAGGGUUCAUCAGCACUUUAAGCAAAACAGAGACUAAAGUAAGAUGGUUGUAUCUGCUGCAUCCUUGCAUGCAGUAUUUUUGUGGAAGGUAUCUACUCCUGAGUAUUGCCAUAGAUUGACCUGGAUUUGCAUUUAAAUAUUAAAAAGAGGGCAAGCAUAAAACUGCAAAUUCUGUCCAAAAUGGGCACUUGUCGUGCAAUUGCAAUAAAAUACGUGAAAUCCAGAAUAAGCUGCAGAAGUU